CGCCUACAUAAACGCCGGUGGCGCCCACUUAAAGAAGUCUUGAGUCGGCUGCAUGCUGAAACCCGAAGCACUCCAUACAACAGGACUUCUUCUCCUGCCAAAGAUAUGUACAGCUACCACUCCACAUUUGCUGUGUUCGUUAACCAUGCCGAACAAUUUGCCCGGAAAGACCUCGGAACCGUUACCAGAGCAUAGCAACAGCAUCCUCUACAGCGAUGAGAAACAAAUGGCGAGCUUGUAUGGUGAGGGGCUAUCGCGCUACCCGAAAACACCGUCGCUAUCAAGCACCAUUUUGUUUGAUGAGCAAAGUACCCGAAACCUGCGGGCAAGCUGUCCUGGCUAAGUGAAUUUGUCCAAAUCGCAUCUCGGCAUCCAAGUGUUCCUACGGAACAAGCGUAGCAAACACAACAAGUGCGUCCGUCUGAAAAGGCCUCUUGCACGAGUACCGACAGGUGGAAUAAUGCCCCCGGGAGCGCGAGGACAGUUUGGGAGACUACCACCGAACGGGUGUCACAGGAGAUACUGCGGGAUUCCGCAGUCCACUAAUGAAACAUAGAUCCAGCGACGCAGUUGCCCAUGUCUAGCCGCUCUCCAUAGGUCCUUCAAGUCACGGAAUCCCCGUUCUGGACAAUCGAAGCGAUCUCGGUCUUUCAUAGCCGCUCCGGCACAUAUUUCAUGAUGGCGACAUCAUGUAUCUGCCCACUAAUCCGAUCGAGUGCCUCCGGCACUAGAUAACCCAUACGCUGUGGGGCUUGCAAACGACCGCUUGCAAAUGAUUUCUCUCACAAUCUACAAAGUACAUGCUGUAGUAAGUAUACCCCAUGCCUCAAUUAACAAAGUUGCAUCUCCUCGAUGUCAACAAGCUCCAGGCCAGCUACCAAAAAUAAAGUGACAGUCUAUAGAGCGCUCAAUUUGAUUCAAUGACAGCGAGGGCUUCGCUCUUUCCACAUUUGGUGUAUACAGUGGUGCUGCGGACCCUGAGAUUCCUCGCAAACCCUCCAAAGGGUCUUAUAGAUGCUUGUGACUGCCAUAUUGAUGAAAUGUCGGAUUCGUCGCGAGGAACACAAGGCUGGCUGUAUUGAAGAACUUAUCACACAAGGACGACCAUCCUCGGUACAUAUACCGCCUUUUCGUAUGCCUCCCACCUCUCUUCCAAAUUGAUACAGUAUCCAAUAUAUGCAGCUUCCAUCCAUUGCAGUCACGAACAAAUAGAAGUUUAUCCUGGAUUAUUCGGGUUCCAGCAUCAUGUGGCG